AUGGUGAAGGCGAUGAUGGGUUCGUUGCAUUCUGAAGAUUUUUCCGAAGAAAUAUAUGGGUCUCUCGUGAAGCGCUCUCGAUUGGCCACUGCUCCUUCUGAUCAGUUAAGCUCCGGCAAUCAUGCACGGUACAAUCCACUCGAUGAGCCAAGUCCUCUUGGCUUGAGGCUUAGAAAGAGUCCAUCAUUAUUGGAUUUGAUCCAGAGGAGGCUCUCUCAAGGGGGUAGUGUUGGUAUAUCGGUGGCUCCUAGUGAAACUACCGACACCGAAAACAAGAAAGGUGUGAAGGGCUUUUCAUCUGUCUCGAGUGCUAAUGAUAAAUUGAAAGCUUCAAAUUUUCCGGGUUUGCUGUUGAGAAUCGGCAGCUGGGAGUAUCUGUCGAGAUACGAGGGUGAUUUGGUGGUCAAAUGCUAUUUUGCUAAGCAUAAACUUGUCUGGGAAGUUCUUGAAGGUGGUCUCAAGAGCAAAAUAGAGAUCCAAUGGUCUGAUAUCAUGGCCCUGAAAGCUGAUUGUCCCGAUAAUGACCCUGGCACUUUAACCAUCAUGCUAGCUCGGCCACCUGCCUUUUUCAGGGAGACCAAUCCUCAACCCAGAAAGCACACUCUGUGGCAGGCAACCGCCGAUUUUACUGCUGGACAGGCUAGCUUAAAUAAGCUACACUCUUUGCAAUGCCCUCCAGGAGUGUUGAACAAGCACUAUGAGAAGCUCAUUCAGUGUGAUACACGUUUAAGUAUCUUGAGCCAACUCCCCGAACUAGAUGUCGGCUCGCCAUACUUUGAGCCCGAAGCUUCUGUCGAAGAAAAUUCAGAAGAAUCCAUAGUUGCUGCACAGUUGUCUGCCUUAAAAUUUGAGGAUAAACAUUUUUCGGGAAAAAAUGUUUUUAAAGAAGUUACUUCGCCUAGCUCAGUGAUGGAUACGCAAGCCAUCGAUGGAACCCGAACUAGAAAUUUUGAAUCACUAAACGUGCCUCCUUCGAUGUCGAUGAGUGACCUCGUGAACCACCUCGAGAAUCGCAUUUCCGAGCAGAUUACUUGCAGAAACUUGCCCUCCGCCAGGGCCUCGGAAUUCCAAGACAUGCUCGAGAACAUUGCCGAAGUUCUCCUUAACGACACCCAGUGCUCGACGGGGCUCGACGAGCAAUCGCUCAUGAAGAAGGUCAACUCUCUCUGCAGCUUGCUCCAUGGCCCGGACGCCGAAUCCGAAGUCCCAUGUGGGCCCAUUUCGGAAGAUAAUAUGUUUUACGAAGACCUCACGAGUGAUUUUAUCGAUGAUGCUAUAGAGACUUGCGAAGGUCCAGUCGAGCUGGGGACUGCGAUGCCGAAACCGGACUCUUUGGGGGAUUUGCUCCUGCAUUUGCCGCGAAUUGCUUCACUACCGAAAUUUUCGAAUUUUUUAUAUGGGAUAGAAGAAGACGACGAUGAGUUUACUCGCUGGCCGAACUAG